AUGGAAAAGGAACUAGCAGCUCGUUGGAGGGAUUUGACCAGUUUCCUGUGUGAACCGACCAGGGAAAAAUGGUGGAAAACCAUCAUUGAGGCCUAUAGACCACGGCCAUUCCGUGGUAUUCCCCAUCUUUGCGCUAUGUUCACGCUUUUUGACAAAUACAAAGACCACUUGAAAGAUCGAUAUGCGACCGCUUUUGCGAUAUUUUUCAAGAGUGCUAUUUAUGACCCGAUCGCUUCGGACAAUGCCGAGAAGAGUGCUCAGCUGCUACACCAGUUUGCACAAGAUACCACACUCGAUUCAGAGAAUUAUGUGGCUGAUCUGGUCGUCGCGUCGGGAUCGUACUCGACUGACGCCCAUCUGACCGAGGGAGUCUCAGGAGACGAAGAUGUUCAUUAUCUAAUAGAUUUCGACAUGGCAUUCCUAGGAGACAACGAAGAACAAUUCGCUGAACACGAAAAAGCUCAACGAAAAGAGUACAGCCAUCUGAGCGAUGACGAGUAUCGGAAAACAACGGGAAAA